UUUUCUAGAUUCCACGUUCUAGAUCCAAAUUUAGGUAAUCUGAACAAAUAAAAUAAGGCUCUUUUUUCUAGUUUCCAAAAGCCGAUCUUUUUAAGUGACAAUCAUAUUGAUAUUGGUCUUCUCUUGUAGAGAUCCCUAUCGAUAUAGGUAGCCACAGCUUUUAGACGAGAGAAAUGGAGAGAGAGUUCAAAUAAAAUCGAACUUGACUUUUAUGGUAAACCGUAAGCAACAAGAUAAGUCCAAAAUUUUCCAAAGUAAUCUUAAAAAGACUAUCCGUGUUAUUCAUUAAUGGAAAGGAAGGAAAUCAAUUUAAGAAACCCAAAAUGUUAACCCAACGGCCAUGGUAAUUUGCUUUCCUUAAAAUGUAAAUCCAGACAAACUUCCAAGGUCCCUCUCGAUGAAACACUCCUCUCCCUUUCCUCUCGAUUAAAGCUCUCAACCGCAGGCUGCGUCUCCCGUCUUCUUCUUCAACUGCAAUGCCACCUCCGAGCUCCCUCUCUUCUUCAAGCGCUGACCUGCGGAACGAAGGCGGUCCAGCCCUAUUCGCUGGUCGGUGUUCUCAUAUGAGGUCUUUGAAACAUCCUCUUCUCUCUUUCUUUGGCUAGGGCUCUGCGUCUGCCAUGGCCAACGCAGCUCUUUUGCUGUUGAUCGUGGUAAGCUUCUGUUCCGUCUCUUGCCUCUCCCGCGCUUCCAGCCCUCCACCACCACAACCGCUCGCUCUCCCGCCGGCGCUCUCCACCACCACAGCUGCUCGCUCUCCCGCCGGCGCUCUCCACCACCACCGCUGCUCGCUCUCCAGCCAUCGACCUCCACCACCACCGUCGUGCCCCGAAGUGAAUGGCAAUUUGCAAACGAGGGUUUUAAUCGAGGAGUCUCGAUUCAUCUCAAGCUGCAUUAUCUACGGUUGCUUGAGGAACAAGCUUUCCUGUACGUUUGGAGGCUCUGAAUCAAACAUUGUUUUACACAGUGGGCACAACAGAGGUACAGCUGCUUGCGCCUCCAGCAUGCUAUUUUUAUGCUUUAGGCUGGAGAUUCUCUUUUUUAUGCUUUCAUUUGUUUGCAAAAUUUUUUGUAUCUUGAAGUUUAAUCUCCUUUUCCAGGUUAGUGGAUUUAUUUUGCUUUAUUUAGUACAAUUAUGUAGAUAUUAGCAGUUUGCAGAUCACCAUAACAUGGCAUGGUAGCAGUUACAACUUUCUUUUUCCUUUUAAAUCAAGUAAAAGUUUGGUAAUCUGUGAAGUUAUGCUGCUAUAGCUGCUUUCAAUCUGAAAAUGCUUUCAGUCGCUUUUGUAGUUAUAUGAAAGUGUUAUUGAUUGCAGGUUAAUUUUUAAAUUUUGCUGCUUGAGUGUUUGUUAUUGUUGGUUGUCCAUGUAUAUUAAGCUUCUGUUGUUUCAUGAGUCGUUCAUGGUUAAUUAGUGACACAACAACUGGUUUAUCGUUGUUAAUGCAUGACUAAUUGUGAUAGUUAAUAGCAACAAAUGCAUCAUUAAUUCUGUCAUUACUGUUAGUGGCGCCAUUCAUGAUGAAGAGUUGGCAUCACUGAUGACAUUUAGUGAAGCAUGUUGUACAUCACUAAAUGCUAUUUUCUUGUAGUGAAGUUUAGUAGGUGUUCGACAAGUGCCAUAUAUAUUUAUAAAUUUUGUGCAUUUCAAUG